AUGAAUGCUAUAAGAGGACUUGGAGAAGGUGUCUUAGAUGAAGUAAUUAUCAAGAAGGUUCUAAGAUCAUUAAAAACAAAGUAUGGUACAAAAUUCUCACCCAUAGAAGAAGAUAAAGACUUAAAGACCUUCUCCAUGGACGAGUUAUUUGGCUCUUUGUUAGCUUCUGAAAAGAUAACAAUAAAUGGUGAAACUUCAAAGAGAGAGGUUGCCUUAAACAUAACCAAGAAAGGGAAAGAGGUAGAUACUAGUGCAAAAGAAGAUGGCUCAGACACUGCUAAAGCCAAAUUUGUCAGGAAGCUCAAGAAAGGCUCAAGUAAAUAUAAAGGUAAACAUCCAUUCAAGUGUUUCAAUUGUGGAAAAAUAGGUCACUUUGCUGCUAAAUACCCAUAUGAAGAAAAAGGAGAAGAUGAGAAGCACAAUGUGAAGAUAUUUGGUAAAGAAAACGUGAAGAAAUCUUACAAUCCAAAGAGAAGAAAUUUUAGGAGAAAGAACAAUCUUUACACACUAAAAAGUGAUGCUACUGAUGAAGAAAGUGUUUCAGAUGAGAACUAUAGUGAGGAUGAAAAGGAAGUUAACCUUUUCAUGGGACAAGAGGAAUUAGAUGAAGGGCACACAUCAAGAAUAUAUUGUAGAACUCAAACUAGAAAUCAAAGCUCACUUAAUAGUAAUGAGAAAGAUGAAGUUGAAGCUGAAGUAGACCUUGAAGGUGAACUUAUAUGUGCUCUUAAAGAGAUUUGA